GUGGAGCGGGCAGGCGGGCCCGGGUCUGGAGCCUGCUACUGGGGAGGGCGCCGCGUCAACAGCAGCGGUUGCGGGGCGGGGCCGAGUGCGCGUGCGCGGCUCUCGCGGGCGGGGAGCAGGCGGGGGAGCGGGCGGGAAGCAGUGGGAGCGCGCGUGCGCGCGGCCGUGCAGCCUGGACAGUGGGUCCUGCCUGUGACGGGUGGCGGCGGUCGGUCCUGCCUGUAACGGCGGCGGCGGCUGCUGCUCCAGACACCUGCGGCGGCGGCGGCGGCGACCCCGCGGCGGGCGCGGAGAUGUGGCCCCUGGUAGCGGCGCUGUUGCUGGGCUCGGCGUGCUGCGGAUCAGCUCAGCUACUAUUUAAUAAAACAAAAUCUGUAGAAUUCACGUUUUGUAAUGACACUGUCGUCAUUCCAUGCUUUGUUACUAAUAUGGAGGCACAAAACACUACCGAAGUAUACGUAAAGUGGAAAUUUAAAGGAAGAGAUAUUUACACCUUUGAUGGAGCUCUAAACAAGUCCACUGUCCCCACUGACUUUAGUAGUGCAAAAAUUGAAGUCUCACAAUUACUAAAAGGAGAUGCCUCUUUGAAGAUGGAUAAGAGUGAUGCUGUCUCACACACAGGAAACUACACUUGCGAAGUAACAGAAUUAACCAGAGAAGGUGAAACGAUCAUCGAGCUAAAAUAUCGUGUUGUUUCAUGGUUUUCUCCAAAUGAAAAUAUUCUCAUUGUUAUUUUCCCAAUUUUUGCUAUACUCCUGUUCUGGGGACAGUUUGGUAUUAAAACACUUAAAUAUAGAUCCGGUGGUAUGGAUGAGAAAACAAUUGCUUUACUUGUUGCUGGACUAAUGAUCACUGUCAUUGUCAUUGUUGGAGCCAUUCUUUUCGUCCCAGGUGAAUAUUCAUUAAAGAAUGCUACUGGCCUUGGUUUAAUUGUGACUUCUACAGGGAUAUUAAUAUUACUUCACUACUAUGUGUUUAGUACAGCGAUUGGAUUAACCUCCUUCGUCAUUGCCAUAUUGGUUAUUCAGGUGAUAGCCUAUAUCCUCGCUGUUGUUGGACUGAGUCUCUGUAUUGCGGCGUGUAUACCAAUGCAUGGCCCUCUUCUGAUUUCAGGUUUGAGUAUCUUAGCUCUAGCACAAUUACUUGGACUAGUUUAUAUGAAAUUUGUGGCUUCCAAUCAGAAGACUAUACAACCUCCUAGGAAAGCCGUAGAGGAACCCCUUAAUGCAUUCAAAGAAUCAAAAGGAAUGAUGAAUGAUGGUAAGUAUAAAAUGCACUUAAUAAUUAUAGAUCAAUUAAAACAUGGACAUUGGAAAACAAAAAAGCUUCUUGAAAAUGUGGCUCUUUUUUAGUAAAAGGGACACUGUCAGAUGAUAAAGGUUCACAUUUCUUGAUGUAUACAACUUAAAUCUACUUUGCUAAAAAUUGCAAAACUACUACUGUAAAAACUGUAGAGUGUCACGAAUCAGACUCCAGUCAUAUGGCUCCCAGCAAAGAGAAAUUACCACUUUUUGUAAAACGUUUUUCAGAUUCAGUAUCUGGUGACUGUAACUUUAAAAUGCCUUUUAUAAGGCACAUAAAUAAUCUGGCACAAAUCUUUAUCAUUUUGACAGAGUUUCUUUUAUGCUUGUGUUGGUGAUUUUGUUGCAUUUAACCCAUGGGGACUUCACAUCUCUGCUUUUCCAAUCAGGAGCUUGGUUCUAACCUUCUGGGAGAUGAUUAAAGAUAGAGGUUGAGAGAGAGAGAGAGAUGUUUCGUCCUCAGCUUUUGCUUCUAUUUUUUUUUUUAAAGAACUCUGGGCUAAUAACUUCUAAUCUUUAUAGAAUAUUUCAAAGACAUAUAUUUGUUCUUAAAGAUACAUAGGUUUGAGAUAUUGAGUGCUACAAGCAUUUAUUUUGGUUUUACCCUAACAUAUUAUGAUUCCUCAGUUUUGUUGGCAUUUAGUAACUAUGUUUAUGUUUUUAUCUUAUCAAAAAUAUCUUCUUACCUUUGAUAUUUAUUAUCACUCCUCGGUCAUGUAAAUAGUUUGCUUCAUAUUUUACUGUUUUAAAGUCUGUGACCUUACCUGCCCACUUCUGUAGCAAAGUGCAGCAUUUAACUCAGGAAGCUGUAUUCCCCCAAGUGCCAUUAAUAUUUGCAUAAGAUUAAAAACAUUCUAAUCAUGCAUUGGUGAACAAAGUUUAAAACAACGUGUAUUCAACAUGGAGUCACAGAAUGAUCCUACUUUUGUAUGUUUGUGUCACAGCCUUUAAAAGUAUGUUUUGUUAUAUAAGCCAUUACCCUCCUAAAAAAGACUAUAGUUCACAGGAAUAAAUUAAAAGACAUAACAAAACGUAAAAGAACUGGUACCAGGAAUUGUGGCCAUGGUUUGUUCCAGUAACUGUGGCAUGGCAUGGUUUGUUCCAGGAAUUGUGGCAUGGUUUGUUCAUGUUUACAUUCUGACGUCCUAUUUUUUUUUUUUUUUAAUUUCUAUGUACUUUCCUUUUCUUUGGUGGUGUCAUUGUUCUGUAGUUGUAUGAAGAAACUAAACUUUUCUCCAUUUUCAGGAAAGCAAUCUAAGAAUCUUGAGUGCCUCUUCCUUUGUUAAUUUCUCUUAAGAUGUGACUUUUUUAAACUACUGCAUCAGGAAAUAUUGUAAAACAGUUUUGCCUUGAAUAUUUGUGAUGAAAUCUAUGAUGAUCUUCAAGAUUCUCUUAAUUUUGCUAAUAUUCAGCUGAUCAGAAUUUGUUUUUAAAAUGUCUGUCUGGUGGGUACUUCCCACUGACAACUGCUUAUUGCUCACAGUAUGUCUGCCUUGUCAAUGAAUGAGGUUCAGGGUGCUUCCUAGGGAUCAGAGUCAGUACCAUUUUUCUCUUUCAUCUACAGCUGAUCAGAUGUUUAUUUUACUUACAUUAAAUGAAUGGUGGAGAUCCAAAGUGAAUAUUAUAGAAUAUUAUUCUAGGAUCAACAUCUUUUGCUUUGAAAAAUCAACAUCUCUUGGCUUUUCCUCAGCCAACCCAGCAAACAGAGAUUAUCAGACUCUGUUGAUUUUUUACUUUAAUUUGGCAUUGGCCUUUUUCUUACUGAAAUUAAAAAGGCUAAUGAUUUGUCUGGUUUCUGUCUCUGACCUUUGCAGAUCUGUUUUCUUAAUUUUCAGAUGCUAUAUAUCUGAAACUUUUUUUAAUGCGUCAACUUUUUAAUGGAUAGAAAAUAGACACAAAUAGUGAUUAUGUGUUCAUUUUUCAAUUUUCCAGAAUAACUGAAGUGAAGUGAUGGACUCCGAUUUGGAGAGUAGUAAGACGUGAAAGGAAUACACUUGUGUUUAAGCACCAUGGCCUUGAUGAUUCACUGUUGGGGAGAAGAAACAAGAAAAGUAACUGGUUGUCACCUAUGAGACCCUUACGUGAUUGUUAGUUAAGUUUUUAUUCAAAGCAGCUGUAAUUUAGUUAAUAAAAUAAUUAUGAUCUAUGUUGUUUGCCCAAUUGAGAUCCAGUUUUUUGUUGUUAUUUUUAAUCAGUUAGGGGCAAUAGUAGAAUGGACAAUUUCCAAGAAUGAUGCCUUUCAGGUUCUAGGGCCUCUGGCCUCUAGGUAACCAGUUUAAAUUGGUUCAGAGUGAUAACUACUUAGCACUGCCCUGGUGAUUACCCAGAGAUAUCUAUGAAAACCAGUGGCUUCCAUCAAACCUUUGCCAACUCAGGUUCACAGCAGCUUUGGGCAGUUAUGGCAGUAUGGCAUUAGCUGAGAUGUGUCUGCCACUUCUGGGUCAAGGGAAUAAUAAAUUAAGUACAGGCAGGAAUUUGGUUGGGAGCAUCUUGUAUGAUCUCCGUAUGAUGUGAUAUUGAUGGAGAUAGUGGUCCUCAUUCUUGGGGGUUGCCAUUCCCACAUUCCCCCUUCAACAAACAGUGUAACAGGUCCUUCCCAGAUUUAGGGUACUUUUAUUGAUGGAUAUGUUUUCCUUUUAUUCACAUAACCCCUUGAAAUCCUGUCUUGUCCUCCUGUUACUUGCUUCUGCUGUACAAGAUGUAGCACCUUUUCUCCUCUUUGAACAUGGUCUAGUGACACGGUAGCACCAGUUGCAGGAAGGAGCCAGACUUGUUCUCAGAGCACUGUGUUCACACUUUUCAGCAAAAAUAGCUAUGGUUGUAACAUAUGUAUUCCCUUCCUCUGAUUUGAAGGCAAAAAUCUACAGUGUUUCUUCACUUCUUUUCUGAUCUGGGGCAUGAAAAAGCAAGAUUGAAAUUUGAACUAUGAGUCUCCUGCAUGGCAACAAAAUGUGUGUCACCAUCAGGCCAACAGGCCAGCCCUUGAAUCGGGGUUUAUUACUGUUGUAUCUAUGUUGCAUGAUAAACAUUCAUCACCUUCCUCCUGUAGUCCUGCCUCGUACUCCCCUUCCCCUAUGAUUGAAAAGUAAACAAAACCCACAUUUCCUAUCCUGGUUAGAAGAAAAUUAACGUUCUGACAGUUGUGAUCGCCUGGAGUACUUUUAGACUUUUAGCACUCGUUUUUUACCUGUUUGUGGAUGUGUGUUUGUAUGUGCAAACGUAUGAGAUAGGCACAUGCAUCUUCUGUAUGGACAAAGGUGGGGUACCUACAGGAGAGCAAAGGUUAAUUUUGUGCUUUUAGUAAAAACAUUUAAAUACAAAGUUCUUUAUUGGGUGGAAUUAUAUUUGAUGCAAAUAUUUGAUCACUUAAAACUUUUAAAACUUCUAGGUAAUUCGCCACGCUUUUUGACUGCUCACCAAUACCCUGUAAAAAUACGUAAUUCUUCCUGUUUGUGUAAUAAGAUAUUCAUAUUUGUAGUUGCAUUAAUAAUAGUUAUUUCUUAGUCCAUCAGAUGUUCCCGUGUGCCUCUUUUAUGCCAAAUUAAUUGUCAUAUUUCAUGUUGGGACCAAGUAGUUUGCCCAUGGCAAACCUAAAUCUAUGACCUGCUGAGGCCUCUCAGAAAACUGAACAUGCUAGCAAGACAGCUCUUCUUGAAAAAAAAAUAUGUAUACACAAAUAUAUACGUAUAUCUAUAUAUACGUAUAUCUAUAUAUACGUGUAUAUAUAUAUACACACAUGUAUAUUCUUCCUUGAUUGUGUAGCUGUCCGAAAUAAUAACAUAUACAGAGGGAGCUGUAUUCCUUUAUACAAAUCUGAUGGCUCCUGCAGCACUUUUUCCUUCUGAAAAUAUUUACAUUUUGCUAACCUAGUUUGUUACUUUAAAAAUCAGUUUUGAUGAAAGGAGGGAAAAGCAGAUGGACUUGAAAAAGAUCCAAGCUCCUAUUAGGAAAGGUAUGAAAAUCUUUAUAGUAAAAUUUUUUAUAAACUAAAGUUUUACCUUUUAAUAUGUAGUAAACUCUCAUUUAUUUGGGGUUCACUCUUGGAUCUCAUCCAUCCAUCGUGUUCUCUUUAAUGCUGCCUGCCUUUUCAGGCAUUCACUGCCCUAGACAAUGCCACCAGAGGUAGUGGGGGAAAUGCCAGAUGAAACCAACUCUUGCUGUCACUAGUUGUCAGCUUCUCUGGAUAAGGGACCACAGCAGCAGGAGUCCUCCUGCUUGGGCACCAUUGGGCCAGUUCCUUCUCUUUAAAUCAGAUUUGUAGUGGCUCCCAAAUUCCAUCGCAUCACAUUUAAAUUGCAGACAGUGUUUUGCACAUCAUGUAUCUGUUUUGUCCCAUAAUACGCUUUUUACUCCCUGAUCCCAGUUUCUGCUGUUGACUCUUCCAUUCAGUUUUAUUUGUUGUCUGUUCUCACAGUGACACCAUUUGUUGUUUUCUGCAACAACCUUUCCAGCUACUUUUGCCAAAUUCUAUUUGUCUUCUCCUUCAAAACAUUCUCCUUUGCAGUUCCUGUUCAUCUGUGUAGCUGCUCUUUUAUCUCUUAACUUACCAUUCCUAUAGUACUUUAUGCAUCUCUGCUUAGUUCUAUUAGUUUUUUGGUCUUGCUCUUCUCCCUUGAUUUUAAAAUUCCUUCUAUAGCUAGAGCUUUUCUUUCUUCUGCUCUCUUCCUGCAGUGUUUUGCAUACAUCAGAAGCUAGGUACAUAAGUUAAAUGAUUGAGAGUUGGCUGUAUUUAGAUUUAUCACUUUUUAAUAGGGUGAGCUUAAGAGUUUUCUUUCUUUUUUUUUUUUUUUGACAAAUUUCACAUGCUCUAAAAACCUUCAAAGGUGAUUAUUUUUCUCCUGGAAACUCCAGGUCCAUUCUGUUUAAAUCCCUAAGAAUGUCAGAAUUAAAAUAACAGGGCUAUCCCAUAAUUGGAAAUAUUUCUUUUUUUCAGGAUGCUAUAGUCAAUUUAGUAAGUGACCACCAAAUUGUUAUUUGCACUAACAAAGCUCAAAACACGAUAAGUUUACUCCUCCAUCUCAGUAAUAAAAAUUAAGCUGUAAUCAACCUUCUAGGUUUCUCUUGUCUUAAAAUGGAUAUUCAAAAAGGGGGAUCUGUGGUGUAUGUAUGGAAACACAUACUCCUUAAUUUACCUGUUGUUGGAAACUGGAGAAAUGAUUGUCGGGCAACUGUUUAUCUUUUAUUGUAUUUUAUUUGGUUGAGGGAUUUUUUUAUAAACAGUUUUACUUGUGUCAUAUUUUAAAAUUACUAACUGCCAUCACCUGCUGGGGUCCUUUGUUAGGUCAUUUUCAGUGACUAAUAGGGAUAAUCCAGGUAACUUUGAAGAGAUGAGCAGUGAGUGACCAGGAAGUUUUUCUGCCUUUAGCUUUGACAGUUCUUAAUUAUGAUCGUGGAAGACCAGCUUUCUCAUAAAUUUCUCUUUUUGGAAAAAAAGAAAGCAUUUGUACUAAGCUCCUCUGUAAGACAACAUCUUAAGUCUUAAAAGUGUUGUUAUCAUGGCUGGUGAGAGAAGAAAACAUUUUGUUUUUAUUAAAUGGAGCGUUAUUUACAAAAAGCCAUUGUUGAGAAUUAGAUCCCACAUCGUAUAAAUAUCUAUUAACCAUUCUAAAUGAAGAGAACUCCAGUGUUGCUAUGUGCAAGAUCCUCUCUUGAGAGCUUUUUUGCAUAGCAAUUAAAGGUGUGCUAUUUGUCAGUAGCCAUUUUUUUGCAGUGAUUUGAAGACCAAAGUUGUUUUACAGCUGUGUUACCGUUAAAGGUUUUUUUUUUUAUAUAUGUAUUAAAUCAAUUUAUCACUGUUUGAAGCUUUGAAUAUCUGCAAUCUUUGCCAAGGUACUUUUUUAUUUAAAAAAAAAUAACUUUGUAAAUAUUACCCUGUAAUAUUAUAUAUACUUAAUAAAACAUUUUAAGCUA